AUGAAGGACAAGAGUAAGCUUCAGGAAAGGUGUAGAUUAAGGUUAGUUGGCAUCCCCGAGGAGAGGGGAAUUGCACUGGCGUUCGUGGCCACCAUAAGCGUGGCAGCGGCUGCUCCUGGUGGUUGCUGUGGAGGAGGUGGAAGCGCUCGCACCUUUUCAAGCGGCGGAGGCGGUGGAGGUGGACGCGGCGGAGGUGGUGGAGGUGGAUAUGGUGGAGGAGGUGGAGGCGGCUCCAGAGGCCCCAGCGUGGUCCGGGCUCAGCUGGUUGGUGUGGGUUCCUUGCCAAGCAGCGGCGGAGGCGGCGGUGGAGGCGCAGGUGGAUAUGGCGGCGGAGGUGGAGGUAGAGGAGGCUACGGUGGAGGCGGCGGUUGGACUUCAGAAGAAAGUUUCGGCACAAAAAGUACAGAUAAAGGGUACCUGGCAUCCCUUUAUACAUGGAGUAUAAAGGGAUCGCCGACUCGAGAUGCAGUCAGUGUGCAGAGGGAAAGAACUCAGAACAUGAAGAUUUACAUUGCACUGGCGUUCGUGGCCGCCAUGAGCGUGGUAGCUGCUGCUCCUGGUGGUUGCUGUGGUGGAGCUCGCACUUUUUCAAGCGGCGGAGGCGGUGGAGGUGGACGCGGCGGAGGUGGUGGAGGUGGAUAUGGUGGAGGAGGUGGAGGCGGCUCCAGAGGCCCCAGCGUGGUCCGGGCUCAGCUGGUUGGUGUGGGCUCUUUCUCAAGCAGCGGCGGAGGCGGCGGUGGAGGCGCAGGUGGAUACGGCAGCGGAGGUGGAGGAGGCUACGGCGGAGGCGGUGCCUUCUAUGACUUUCCAUACAAGAGGUUCUUAACUUGGAUCCCUGGACCCCAGUUUAAGAACUAUGCAACCCUCUCUCAAUCAACGGAUUACCAUUGA